CCUGAGAACGAAACGCGGCGGCGGAGGCGGCGGGGCCGGCGAUGGAGCUGUCUAUGAGCGGCGGCGCGCUGAGGACGUUCACGCGGUGCGUGACCUGCCUCGCGCGCGUCGGCUCCGACCUCGUCCUCCAGGGCCACCCCGCCAAGCUGGAGCUGCACACGCUCAAUAGCUCGCGGUCGGCGUUCGCUUCCAUUUCCCUGGCGCGGGACUUCUUCGACGAGUUCCGCCUCUCCUCCGCCGCCGCCGCCUCGGCGCCAUCUUCGACGCCAGUACAGUGCAGCGUCCUCCUCAAGUCCGUCCUCUCCGUGCUCCGCACGCCGACCCCGGCGCUCGACCGCAUCGCCGCCUCCCUCCCCCACCCCGACGCGCCCAAGCUGCAGCUGACCCUCCACUGCCUCAACGGUGUGAAGAAGACGUACUGGAUCUCGUGCAGCGCGGAGACCGAGGUGCAGACGCUGGCGCUCGACCGCAGCAACUUCUCGAGCCGCCUCGCCAUCCGGCCGCGGGACCUCGCUCGCCUGCUCUCCAAUUUCCAGUCCUCGCUGCAGGAGCUCACGGUUAUUGCCACCGAUCCUGCUGCUGGGCUUUCUAAUGUCGGCGUGGAUGGUGAGGUUGAGGGAAAGGCUGUCGAGCUCAGAAGCUACAUCGACCCGACGAAAGAUGACUGCGAUACAAGGUUGCACACACAACUUUGGAUUGACCCAGCAGAAGAGUUUGUGGAGUACGUGCAUUCUGGUGACCCAGUGGAUGUCACAUUCGGGGUGAAAGAACUCAAGGCUUUCUUAACAUUUUGUGAAGGAUGUGAAGUUGAGAUCCUCCUAUUCUUUCAGAAGGCUGGCGAGCCUGUUCUUUUGGUACCGAAAUUUGGGGUUGACGAUGGAUCAAGUUCUGAUUUUGAUGCAACACUAGUUCUUGCCACUAUGCUUGUAUCCCAGCUUACUGAUAGCGAUGUUGCCCAACAACCAGCUACUUCUGCACAGCAAGCAGAAGAACCAAGGGAUGCGUCUACACCACGACCAGUCCCUGAAAAUGUCUCAAACCAUACUAAAAUAUGGUCGGAGCUAUCAGGUAGUGCUCCCAAAAGUUUUGAAGUUAACAGAGAAAAACACACCCAGAUGGAGAGAAAUGCCAAUGCUAAUGCAUUGAAUGACACUUCAAUGCUGCAUAGUGUAAAUGCUCGCUGCAAGCCACCUGUCGCAGAUAAUGCAAAUGAUACAGUGCAGCCUAUGCAAAUGGAUCACCUGGAAGAGCCUCCUGAUGUUGUCAGUGAUAACCCGCGCUCACAGCAUCACCCAAGCAAUUGGGUAGGUGCUGAUGAAGAUGACGACGACGAUGAUGAGGAGGAGCUUUUUGUCCAAACAACACCAUACUACAUGGACUAGGCCCUACGGACCGAUACGGAUUCUUAUAAUUUAGGUACAUAUCAACCAGAUGCAUACAGAAUGGCUAAAAAUUAGUUUACUCCUUACUCUUAGUUCUUUUGGGUCUGAAGUUAACAGCAUAUGGUAAUUUUCUUAACCCAGUAAGGCAGUGACAUGUUUGUAUUCAUGGCUAUUGCGUUUUCACCUAAUGUAGAGAAUUUUUUUUACGGCAUGAUGUGAGUUGUUCUAUGAUGCACAAGUGGCCUGUUGCACAAUCAUUAUUUUGUUUGUGAGGAAAGCAAGUGUGUUUAAAUCUAGAUGAGCUUCAUAGUCACCUGUUUCUAAAUAACUUUUCUACACUCCCCAAUGUUUUUGGGGG